AGGAGCUGUAAUAUGUAUAAAUAAGUCAGCACCUAAGAAUAUCUCCACCUGUGUCUUCUAACAGACAGUGAUAGACAUCCUUGAGUAAUGGCUACUGCUGGAAAGGUUAUCAAGUGUCGGGCUGCUGUUGCCUGGGAGCCCAAUGCUCCAUUGGUUAUAGAAGAAAUUGAGGUGGCACCACCCCAAGAGAAUGAAAUACGCAUAAAGGUGAUAGCCACAGGGGUGUGUCACACUGACCUGUACCAUCUGUAUGAAGGCAAGCAUGAAGGCGGCUUCCCAGCUGUCCUAGGUCAUGAGGGAGCUGGUAUAGUGGAGAGUGUUGGACCUAGAGUCACUGAAUUCAAACCAGGGGAUAAGGUGUUGAGUAUUUACUCUGUGUUUGAUACUUGUGUGCAUGUGCAUUCCACAGGGGAUAAGGUCAUUCCCCUCUUCGUUUCACAAUGCCGUGAGUGCAGAUUCUGUAAGAAUCCAAAAAGCAACCACUGUGAACGCAGCUGGGCGUGUGAGCGGUAUGCGGUGAUGUGCGACACUGAUUCACGCUUUACUUGUCGGGGGAAAGUGAUCCUACAGUUCAUGGGCACCAGCACAUUCUCGGAGUACACGGUCAUGAACCAGAUGGCUGUGGCCAAGAUUCACGAUGAUGCUCGACUCGACCGGGUCUGCCUCCUUGGCUGUGGCAUCUCCACUGGUUAUGGAGCUGCCAUCAACACUGCCAAGGUUGAGCCAGGAUCUGUCUGUGCAGUUUUUGGGCUGGGAGCAGUGGGACUGGCGGCCGUAAUGGGCUGUAAGAACGCAGGAGCCUCCAGGAUAAUCGCUGUGGACAUCGAUGAGAAGAAAUUCGAGAAGGCAAAGAUCCUCGGAGCUACCGACUGCGUGAACCCCAAAGCACACACUAAACCCAUCAAUGAGGUGCUGGCAGGGAUAACCAACGGAGGAGUGGACUUUUCUCUUGAGUGUGUGGGCAAUGUUGGAGUUAUGCGAAGUGCUUUGGAGUCAUGUGUUAAAGGCUGGGGCGUCAGUGUUCUGGUUGGUUGGACAGAUCUCAGUGAUUUCUCUGCUCGACCAAUCCAGCUUAUCAGUGGCAAAACCUGGAAGGGGUCCCUCUUCGGUGGUUUUAAGGGCAAAGAUGAUGUGCCCAAACUGGUUUUGGACUAUAUGUCUGGACACGUUAAACUGGAUGAAUUUGUGACUCACACUAUGAAGCUGGACCAGGUCAAUGAUGCCAUUCACCUCAUGAAGACUGGAGGAUGUAUUCGAACAGUGCUGAACGUGUCAUCCAAAUGAGAAGCGGACAGCUGUUCAAACUCAUUGCAUAUUUCCAAGUACACAAAACAUCUCUUGUCCAGUCAAUCAAGUCCAACAUAUUUUUAACGAGUGUAUAAUGUUUCCCCCAUCUCUGAUUUACCUAUAAUAUUACUGAAGUGUGUAUGCAAUCCGCUGUCAGCCUGUUCUUUCUAGGUCAGGUUGAAGGACAGUGGAAAAAAUGUAUGGCUUAUUUCCAGGAGGUAAUUUUUUUUAACAAGUGGGAUGGCCCAGUGGUCACUGACACUACUCUAUAGAGUACUACUCUAUAGAGCAGGUUAACAAGGGGGAUACAUUCUGGUUAUUUUGCUAACAAGGGGGAUGGCAUCCCCCCUCAUCCCCCUAUAAAUCACCUACUGCUUAUUUCUACAUCUGAUAACUUGUAUUUUAUGGCACAGAUAUACCUAUGUAAACAACGAAGAUUGAUCAAAUACUAUUGAAUGGCUGCACUGAUUCACAAAGCCUCUGUUUUUGCAACAGACAUUCAAUAAAACUGAAUUGCUACAACCAGU